CUGGUUUACACGGCGGCCAUUUAUGCCAAUAUGGGCAACUACAAGUCCUUUGGUGACACCAAAUUUGUUCCCAGCCUUCCCAAGGAAAAACUGAAGCAGCUGGUGUGGGCGAGCCAGGCGUUUUUGCAAAACCCGGAAGAGAUGGAAGCUUUGUGGGAGACCUGCGGGAAAUUGAUGUACUCCCUGGAGCCCCUCCAGAGGCAUUUGGGGCUGAGUGGCGAGGGAGUUUCCACCUACUUCUCUGCAAAUUGCUCCAUGGAAGAUGCGAAGCUGGCUCAGAAAUUCCUGGAUUCUCAG